AUGGGGGCUUCUGCACAGGGCGGGCCGCGCCGGCUCUCGGGGCCUCGGCUCUCGGCUCGCCGCGCCGUGAGCAGCCGCGUCAGAAGGCCGAGGGGCUGGAGCAGGCACCGGGGUGGGUGCCCCGAGGCCGUGGCGGCCCAGGGCGGGGGCGUGACAGGGAAGGAGGAGCGAGGGCCGACGAGGCCGUCCCACCCAGGACACAGGGCCGAGGGCGGCUCAGCCGGCGGGGAAACCGAGGCUCAGGCCCACAGCUCCGACGGGGGCGCCGUGGGCGCAGCAGGGCCGGGCUGCCUAGGGGGCCCUGGGGGUGCCGGGGGCCCCGUGAGUGACGACAACAUGUGGGCGUUUGCUGGUCGUCCCCACGGGAGCCUGACCCGCCGGCCCCUGCGCCGAGCGCUGAUGGGUCCCCAGCGGCGGCCACAACUCACCGCUGAAGGGCGGCUGGCCCUGUGCUGCCAGGCCCUGUAUGCCCCCCCUCCCCCACCACCACGGGGCCCCAGUGAGCAGGGGCUGCUCGAGGGGCCCGUCUGCAUGCCUCCGCCCGGCCAGGCCGCCCGCCAGGAGCUCCCGGGACACUCCCAGGUCAGGAGGUCAGGACAGCGUGCCGGGGAGGCCGCGGGUGUCCGGUGGCCAGCAGCCCGGAAAGUCAGUGCAGGGUCUUGUCCCCGGGAAUGUGCGGACAGCGACAGGGGCACAGCGAGACCCGGGCCUCCCUGGGGACAGGACGGGGCAGCGGAGGAGCAGGGGGCUCUCUGCCCGGGGUCGGAGCUCCUGGACAGGAAGAGGAAGCUGGCUGUCCCAGCGGGCCGCGGGUCAGGACCUUGGGGCAGCUCCGAGCUGCUGCACGCCAACGGCUUCCGGGCAACGCCGAGAUGGACCAGAGCCUGCGGUGGCCAGGGGCCAGCUGGGAGUCAAGGGCCCCGUGGGAAGAAGAGCGUGCAGACCGGGCUCUGGCCUCUGUGUGGGCGGGCGCAGGCCAAGACGGCGGCUCCUCGCUGGCCCGGGGACCGAGGGGACAGCUGGGCACGGGCAGGCGAGGACGCAUGCUGGGUGCCAGGCUCCCGCAGGGGCAGCUUCUCGGCCACCAAGCUCGGCUGCCGGCCCCCAGCCCCCAGCUCCUGGGCGGCCUACACCCCUGCCUGCCCUGAGCGAACUCCUAAGGACGUCCGGUCAGCAGUGAUGUGGCCCACAGCACCCAGACUUCAGACGGAGCCGGGAGCCGCCCCCCCCCGCCCCCGGGCUCUGCAGACUCGGGACUCCUCCUCCUGGGCUCUGCCCCGGCCACAUGCCAGCACGCCCCGGAGCGGGCUGACCACCCAGAUUCUCAGACCUGGACUCCGCACCACCCUUGGGGGCCGGGACGCCGGGAGCAGCUGGGCACUACUGUCAGCGUCCAGAGCCCCUCGGGCGGGGGGGUCCUCGGGGCGGGUCUCACGGCGCAAGCCCAGCCUCAGUGCUGGCCUCAGGCUGGGCGAGGAGGUGCCUCGGUGCCUCGGUCUCCCAGGACUGAGGUGCUACCCUCUUCCCGGGGGUGGGGGGGCUCAGGGUCGAGUGAAGUCAGACCUCGCCUUGGUGACCGGCCUCCCCUCCAACAGCAGCCUGCCCUCUGCCCCCCAGAGGUCCCGCCCUGGGGCCGAGGGAGGUGGCAGCGGCUGGUGUGGCGCCAGGUGCCGGGUGCCUGCGGGGACGUCACCGGGGAGGGUGCAGCUCACGGCAGAGUGGGGGCUGCUCACCGACCCGGACAAGUCCCGGCCGCCCGCCCGCUGUCAGCGCGAGGGGCUGGCCCAGAGGAGGGUCCCUGCUGAGCCGGCAGGGUGCUCUCCUGACAGGGGCCUCAUGCUGCCGGGGAGGGUGGCGGGCAGGUGGCCCGGCAGCGUGUUGGGGGCCCCAACGGGCGCACCCCUGGGCCUGACUGGGGACGCUGUGGGGCGCCCGCCGUGGGGAGGCAAGGCCGGCAGCCGCAGACAGGACGACGAUGAGACACGCAGAGGCCCCGUCCCUGUUCAGGUCACGGCUCCCGCGUCACCCUCCCGAGCGCAGGAGUCCCGGGUGUCUGUGUUCCCGUCCCGGGGCCCAGGGCCACCAGGAGGACAGCCCUCCGGCUGCGCGGGCACAGGCACAGGCGCAGGCACAGGCGCGGUUCGUGGGGAGAACGACGGGAGGACCGGCUCCGUGUCCCACGCGCCCGCAGCCGACGGCACACACACCAGACGGCACCGACCGGUCCCCUCGGAAACAGCCCGCAGCUCCCUGGGCGCCGUCCGCGAGGCCGGAGGGAACCCGUGA